GCUUGUCCAUCUUCAAAUAGGAGGUCUUCUGGUCUUUAUUUGGAGGCGGGCAAGAUUUGGGGUCUACAGCUGCCCCCCUUUAUCCGAUCCGGUCGAUUGCUGGCCUUACGUGUCGGGAUGAUCGGCGGGGGUAAAGGAGUUGACCCUCUUGCCCGGUUGCCCUUCGAACGUCCGUCUUGCGGCGAUUGA